UCAUCUUUCUGCGCAGGCCUGGGCUCAUCUCAACCAACGCGUGUGACGUUACGCGAUAACGUCACAGAUCAGGAAGGGCAGUAUCUCGACGGCAGAACGGAAAACAUUACGCCUAUGUGUUCAUUUGAGACAGCCUAAUAAAUAAAGUUUAACUCCAAAGGCUAAAACAAAUUUUGGCAGACAUGUCAUACGGAAAAGCAGAGAGCUACCGCCCUGUCCCACGGGACUUCAAUACUCUCAUACAAACAUGCAGCUCCAACAUUCAGAAGAUCACACAGAACACUGCUCAGAUCAAGAGCAUGGUGAACCAGCUGGGGACCAGACAGGACACCAGUGAACUCCAGGAUCGUCUGCAGCAGAUGCAACACUAUACUAACCAACUGGCAAAAGAAACCAACAAGCACCUGAAAGAGCUGGGAUCCAUCCCUUUGCCCUCAUCACCCUCAGAGCAAAGGCAGCAAAAGAUCCAGCGGGACCGGCUGAUGAAUGAUUUCUCAGCAGCUCUCAACAACUUCCAAGCAGUCCAGCGGCGUGCAGCAGAGAGGGAAAAGGAGUCAGUAGCCAGAGCGAGGGCUGGAUCCCGCCUAUCAACAGAGGACAGUUCUCGGGAUGAAAAGCUUGUUUCCUUUGAUAACCAAGAGGACUGGGGUCAGAUGACCACCCAGGCAGAGGAAGUGGCCAUCACGGAGGAGGACCUAGAGCUCAUCAAGGAGAGAGAAACCAACAUCAGACAGCUGGAGUCUGACAUCAUGGAUGUGAACCAGAUCUUCAAGGAUCUGGCAGUGAUGAUCCACGAUCAGGGAGAAAUGAUUGAUAGCAUCGAGGCAAAUGUGGAAAAUGCUGAAGUUCAUGUAGAACGAGGAACAGAGCAGCUCCAGAGAGCCAGCUACUACCAGCAAAAGUCCCGGAAGAAGAUGUGCAUCCUUGCUAUGGUUUGUUCCAUCGUGCUCGUCAUACUUGGUGUCAUCAUCUGGGAAGCUUCCAAGUGAUUUGACUCCACACAACCAAUAUGUCACUACUAUAUUUUGCCCUGCCCCCUCUCACCUGCAAGCACCUGCUUGGAAUCAUGAAAAGAGCAAGAAGAGGCUGAUCACUUCAUUCAGGUCAGCAGAGUAAAUUUAUGCAGAGGGCUGAUCAGUGUGGAAACCAUACUCAUCUGAUCUGAUCGAGCCUUUUUCUGUAAAAUAGCUGAAAAACGUUUAAACUGAGAUGAAGGGGAGGAUGUAGGAUGGUGGUGGUGUAGGGGAGCAAUUUAACAUUGGAGAUUCCUUUAUUUGCCACAUCUAUUAAUUUCUCAUCUUAUUUACUGCACUAACACUAGCUGUCACUGUAUUUCAAAUGUAAAAAUGUUAUUUGGAAUGAUUUCAGAAUAGGAAAACUACAAAUAAAAAACACAGCUUGUUGAAGUAAAUAAAUCUGUGGUUUUUAGGAGUUGUAAAUUAUUAUUUUUUUGUAACCUGUUGUUGUGGUACCUGCUGAUGUGAAGUGUUAUGGAGUGCCACAUACCCUGUGACAUUACAUGGGACUUGUAUGACUUCUGGUGGUGAAGGCUGACGUGGUUGUACUAUACAUGUUGUAAAAUGAAAGCUCUAACAGAUUACCAAUAUAAAUCGAAUCCAUGUCUGUAAAUAUUACAAAGUACUGCAUUAUGUUCUGCUACAUCAUGGAUGAUAAAUAAUGACAGUAUCUCAAAAAUGAAACUUCAGUCUGCAAACAAACCAUAUUUAAGUUCAUUUCCAGGACUCCUGACAGUAUGCAUAAUAAAUGUUUUAAACUCUUUUAUCA